GCAUAGGAGGCAAAGUCUGUUCUAAACAAAAUAGAAUAUAUUAUAUAUAUUUAAAAAAAAAAAAAAACGCCUUAACGCCUGGUAGGUGCAAAGUCCAACCAUUUUCUUUCGAAAAUUGAAAACUAAAAACUAGAAACAUUGCUACCUGUACUCUACACAAUAGCAACUGCAUCAUCGAGUAGAAUAAUAAUUAAAUGACUGAUACUUGAUAGCGAGAUAAAUGAGAUUGUGAGGUGAGAUAGAAUCAUCCAUACGGACGUUUUAUUUAAAAUACGAGCACCAGGUAUAGGUGGUAUAGGUAUAAAAUGGUGAUGAACCAAUCUUAUAUACCUUACCUACCAAAUACUACGUUGUUCUUGUAUCGCUUUACGUAGGUAUUCUACCAAUAACUCACACACAUUUGACAUUUGCAUUCGAGUGGUUUCUAAGGAAACCUAAAAUUAAACAAAAAUGAUUAGCGUUGGCCGUUGGAAAUGUUUUUUACCACAUUUAUUACUCGCUUAUGUACACAGGCGAAUCAUGGGAGAACGAUUUAGAAUCUGUACUGCGCACAGGUUACUUCUAAUAUACUCGUACCUAGGUACCUAGGUGUAGUUCGCGUAUCUACCAAUGUACUCGUAUUCAACCUCGUGGAUUGUAUCAGUUUCAAAAAACUGAAAUAUCUAUGGUAUACCGCUAUACGAGUAGUACCUAAUGCCCGUUAAGCAAUAAUUCAGAACCUAUAAAUUAUUUGUUCGGCUCUCGCGUACGAUAAUAAAACGAUCAAAAUAAACUAUGAGUGUGACGUGUGCGAUCAACAUUUUAUAUUUUUUCAUGAAAAAUGAAUACCGUACCUGAUUGGCACGAGACACCCAUCACGAGCAACCCGAUUGAAAACGAAUCCGUCGGGACAAAAUCUACGCAAAGUACGUGGAAAAAAUCUACCUCGAAUCACCAAAUACGACCAAACUUGCCAAUUUUGCUUCAUUUGAACGACGAAAAGGUAUACGACGACGACUCGCAGUCGCAUCCGAUCAAUUUACUGUCGGCUAACGAGGACGAUGACAACGACGACGUCGUGACAAGUAAACGCGAUCCGUCGGCCAAAUUCGGACGACGAGCAUCCAGCCAGUUCAGGCCGUUUAUACAAAACGAAGACGCGUCCGCGGAAAUUUUAGCCAAUAAUUUGCCGGCAUGCGGUUCGCUCGAGCUCGAUGAGCUUUCCAACGCGGCUAGGCGAAAUUCCGCCAAGUACGGUAGACGUUCGCAGACGCAUUUCACGUCCAGAUCUUCGAGUAUAGUAUCCGGCGUGGUUGCGGCCGAUGAAAGUCGUCAGCAGGCGAAUUCGGACUCGUCGACUGGCACCAUGAUUGUCGACUCGAAGGACGCCGCGACGACGCCGGAACAGGACGCAGAUUUGCUGAGUGUUUUAGAGAAAUGUUCGAUCAAAUCCGAAGAACCUGUAUCCAGGAAAAGUUCCGCCAAGUACGGAAGAAGAGCGACGUCUCGAAAUAAUUCUCUAAUUUACGUGGAUAACGACAAACCGCUGAUAAACGUUUCCCAACUGGCAUCCGAAACGAAUUUGCAAUCGAGUUUUGCCGCUAAUCGCCAUAAUCAUCAUCAAACCUUCGAUGGUAAAAACAGUACAAAAGAUACGAAAUAUUCUUCGCAGUUUAAUUACUCGAACAAAACGUUGGAAGAAUCGUGGACUUCGUUGAAAAUAUUCAAUAAGAAGCAUAAAGGACGCAUCGGCAAAAAUAGUGAAAAUACGACUAAACAGAAAGACGCAGUCAGUCAAGUAGUACCGGCGUCCGCUGCUUCAGCCGAUUCUGUACCGGACGAAUGCAUUAUUCCCGAGUUACCUAGCGGUCUUCAUCUUACAUUUGACAUUACCGCAACAUGGGGUGAUAAACAUUACGUUGGUUUGAACGGAAUAGAAUUAUUCAAUUCGCAAGGCAAACAAAUCAAAGUAAAAGAGAUAACCGCAGACCCCGCCGAUAUUAAUGUAUUACCGGAAUACCACAAGGAUCCGAGAAUUGUCACGAAUUUGUUGAAUAACGUGAACAGAACGCACGACGAUAUGCAUCUGUGGUUGACACCGUUUACUCCUGGCGCACAUCAUUAUAUUUAUAUUAAAUUUUACACCGUAGAAACCAUCGCCAUGAUAAGAAUUUGGAAUUACAACAAGUCGAGAAUUCACUCGUACAGAGGUGUUAAAAACAUUCGUAUAAAGUUAGACAAUACGUGUAUUUUUUGCGGUGAAAUAGCCAGAGCCAGCGGAGAAAUACUCGGGUCGCUGAAUUCGUUUGGUGACACUAUUUUGUACACACUGGAUGAAGAAAUACUUGAAAAAAUGAGCGAAAACGACGACUCUUUCGAAGCCAUAAUAACAACAUCGAUCGUGGAAGGCAUCAACGCACAAAAAUACUCCGGUAGACCGCUAACAUCGGCUUUAAAUAUGCAAGACUUCAGACCUUUGACUCACGCUCAAAAAAUAGACAACAAAGGACUGGAGAAACAAGCCAUUUUGGAAACAGAACACAAAACAGCAAACAGCACCAGUUCGGCGCUAUGUGAAAAUUCGCUAUCGAUUAACAUAUUAAACGUUUGGGAUAAAAAUAGUCCGUUUAUCGGCUUAACCGGUCUGGAAGUAAUCGGGCAAACUGGCGUAAUGGUAGACAUAGCUGAAAUCGAGUGUAAUAUACAAAAUGACAGUAUCAAAAGAUUACUGAAUACGAGUAAGAAUAAUCUCACCGUCGAUGAGAAAGAAAUGUGGCUGAUUGAAUUCGACGAGUUACCCGUUAUAAUAACUUUAAAAUUUUCAACUCCGGUACAUUUGUCGGCGUUAACGAUUUGGAAUUACAACGCGUCGCCGGAAUCAUCGUACUACGGGGUGAAGCUGAUAUCUUUGUCUGUCGACGGUAAAGAGCUGAGCGAUCGGCAAUUCAUCGAAGUGAGAAGAGCGCCGGGAUACUGUCAUUACGAUUUUGGACAACGAAUACCUCUUUUGAAACCUUUAGAGUUCAAAAGUGCGUCCAUAAACGAUAAUUUAUACUCGGCGCUUUCGUUACUAUCGCCCAGAAGAGUGGAAGUAUCAUCUUACGAACACCCGACUGCGCCUCGGGGAUUCGUAUACCAACUAGCGGUGUUGUCCACGUGGGGUGACCAGUACUACGUCGGUUUGAAUGGUAUUCAAAUGUACGACAUACAAGGGCGCCUAAUUAUGUUGAACAGUAACAACGUGAGCGCGCAUCCGCCGGACAUAAACAUCUUGAAUGAAAUAAACAACGACGUUCGUACGGCGGAUAAACUCGUAGACGGCGUUUACGAUACCAUGGACGGCUCUCAUAUGUGGCUAGCGCCAAUUCUGCCUUCUGAACUGAAUAGAAUAUACUUGAUUUUCGAUGAACCGAUUUCCAUCGCUAUGAUUAGACUGUGGAAUUACAGUAAAACGCCGAGCAGAGGAGUAAAAGAAUUUGGCAUACUGGUCGAUGAUUUAUUAGUAUAUAACGGAAUAAUGGAUAAAUCGAAUCCUUCGGAUCAAAAAACUUCGUCGAAAACCAUUAUAUUCAACGUAGAAACGAGCGCCGUUUUCAAUUCCAACGACGGAAUUACUAGAAUCAGCGACUUCAAAAAUUACGAACAAGAUGUCAUCAACGAACGAAUAAGUUCUCACCAGGGAAAGCUAACAGCUGACCAAUCGCAACGACCGUUUACAUCCCUGAGCAACACCAACAACAGUAACCAUUACUUGCACAAAAUACUUUUACAAUAGAAACGAGCGGUACUCGAUCUCCGGUUAUUAAACCGAUAAUUCGACUACGAUCGCGCUGAAAUUUACAAAUCAUCGAUUCGAUUAAUUCAAUCAAAAUGCUCAAUUUUUUUAAAUACCUACCCCAGCAAAAUACUGAUAGCUGUGAUUUUUUUGUAAUUUAAUUAAUACGUAGUAAUAUAUUACUUGAUAACGAUAACGGUGAUGAACAAUAAAUAGAGAAUUGAAAGUCUUA